UGACCAGAGUCCGCGUAGGAGGGGUCAGAGGUCUGGGCUCACAGACUGGCGAGGCGUAGGGUUGGCAGGUAGACCGAGAAACUGGUAGGCUGAAGCGGCCCUAGGAGCGUUCCCUGCGCGGAGACAGGAUUUCCUUGGAGAGAGUCUUCACCGAGAGAUUUGCUGAUAGCCAAGGAUGGCAAGCAAGGGGCCCUCGGCCUCUGUAUCCCCUGAGAACUCUAGUGCAGGGGGACCCAGUGGGAGCAGCAAUGGCAGUGGUGAGAGCGGAGGCCAGGACAGCACCUUCGAGUGCAACAUAUGCCUGGAUACAGCCAAGGAUGCCGUCAUCAGCCUGUGUGGCCACCUCUUCUGUUGGCCGUGUUUACAUCAGUGGUUGGAGACCAGACCUAACAGACAGGUGUGUCCAGUUUGCAAAGCCGGCAUCAGCAGAGACAAGGUGAUUCCACUGUACGGCAGGGGCAGCACCGGGCAGCAGGACCCCAGAGAGAAGACCCCUCCCCGUCCUCAAGGCCAAAGACCAGAGCCGGAGAAUAGAGGGGGAUUUCAAGGAUUUGGAUUUGGAGAUGGUGGCUUCCAGAUGUCUUUUGGAAUUGGGGCAUUUCCCUUUGGCAUAUUUGCCACAGCAUUUAACAUAAAUGAUGGGCGGCCUCCUCCAGGUAAGUCCUAUUUCCUUGAGAAAUCAGAAAGAUACUUGAAUAAUCUUGCUUAA